AUGCAUGAUGCAAUCUCCCCGAAACUUAAGUGCCCCGCAUCUGUUGUCAAACUCAAGACAAACCAUGAGUCCUAUUCCUCCUUCUGCAUAUUCGUCGACGAAGACGAUGAGAAAAUUCUCCUUGAUCCGUCCUUCUGGGCCACGGCGAAGCCCGGUGCUCUCGAUGCGCUACGUAUGUUCUGCUCUUCCGAAGAUAUCGACGUCCUGUUCAUUGCGGAGACCUGGUUUGACGCUACGAUCCGGGACGCCGAGUUGUCAUUUGGCGGCAACUACCAAGUAUUUCGCCUCGAUCGCCCGACGCGGGGCGGCGGGGUAUGUGCACUCCUGAAGAAAUGUUUCAGUGCUGUUCAUGUUGACCUCAAUCUGCCUGGCGAGCACAUCGUGUUCGACAUCGUUACUACUUACUCUAGAAUCCGAUUCUUAUGUUACUACUUAUCUCAAACUGGUGACUCUGCGCUAAGAAGGCAGAAGAUCACUGAGGUUUGUGCGGUCAUUGAUGCAGCCUCUGAUGUUGACUCCUCUUUGAUUGUUGUUGGGGACUUUAAUCUCCCACACAUAAGCUGGCCGAAUCCGUCCAUCGACACGAGUCAUUCGCGCGAAAAUCUCUUCGUAAAGUGUUGCUACGAGAACAAUCUCGCCCAGCUGGUUAUUCAACCUACGCACAAGGAUGGUGCCAUAUUGGAUCUACUUCUCACAACUGAUCCUGACAUUGUCUCUGAUCUCCUGGUGACCACCGCACCCGUCAUCACCGAUCACCUUUCCCUGAGGUUCAGCGUUAUAAUGCCUGCUGUACACGUGCACAGUAUUUCUUCUCACCCGGAUUACCAACGAAUGGACGAGCACUCGAUUGCCGCUGUCUUGGACCGGCUAAACUGGCUCCUGGUCUUCGACUCUUGCAAGUCCGUUAAUGACAUGUACAAUAGCUUCGUUCGAAUAUGUUCAUCUCUCAUCAAGGAUUUCGUCCCUUCCACGAGGUCCUCGUCGACCAUCAACUCUGUAACAUCCUGUCUUGAUCGCAUCCGUCGCCGCGCUAACAUGAAAAACCCAUCGUCCGCUCGAGAACUCAUGAAAGCGUCCAGAAGAUUGCGCUUGCUCACUGAGGCUAAGUUGAACCCGAGUGAUCCGCGACGUUUCUUCCGCUACGUGAACGGUAGACUACGCCAACAUGACUCUGUGCCGACUCUGAUUUCUGACACCAAGAUCUUCUCAACUGACUCGGAAAAAGCGGAGGCUCUCAGCCGUCAUUUCGCAUCUGUCUACAGUACCGUUGGCGGCACCGCACUUCCCGCCGCUAUGGCACGGGUAAACCCUUUCCCCGAUGCGAGACUUGAAUUUCCCGAAGCCUUAAUUUAUGAAACCCUACGCGAAUUGAAAGGAACCUCAAACCUUACCCCCGAAGGCAUCCCGCCUUUAUUCUUCAAGAAAUUUGCUCUAUUCGUCGCCGAACCCCUCGCUCUCAUCUUCGAAAGAUCUUACAACGACAGUGAAGUUCCAUCACUCUUCCGUCAGAGUAUUGUUACUCCGGUUUACAAGAAAGGAAAACGCUCAUCGACCGAAAAUUAUCGCCCGAUUGCCCAGGGAUCGAUAGCAUGUAAAGUUCUCGAAAAAAUCGUUGCAAGACAUCUCAUGGGAUUCCUGGAGCGAAAUCGGCUCAUGGACCCGCGACAACAUGGAUUUGUCAAGUACCGCUCCACCUGCACACAACUUCUCCUUAUGUCGAAUGAUUGGGCCUCGUAUAUCAAUCAGGGCCUUCCUUUCCACGUUGUGUACUUUGAUCAGAAAAACGCUUUCGACAGAAUUAACCACGAUAAGCUG